AGAGAGACAGAGAGAGAGAGAGAGAGAGAGAGAGAGAGAGAGAGAGAGAGCACAUGUUAAUCAAAUUAAGAACAGAAGCGGAGAUUUAAGCCAAUGCACCACACGUUAGCAAACACUCACUAAUGUCCUCCAACCAACCUGUUGUCUUUUAAGAAGCCCUGGAGGCUCCAUAUUGAUUGUCAUGGUUACGUCUUCGGUAAAAGCAGAUUAAUUACACCAUGGAUGUGCAAUGUCACAAAACACGUUCAGGAAAAAUAAACCAUCCCUCACACACAGGAAAUACAGGAAAUACUAACACAAAAAUAUGCAUAUGUGUUUAUGCAUUUAAAAUUAUUUUGUAUGAUCUCUCCCCAUGCAUGGUGUGUCAGGCGGUGGUCCCCUGUCUAUCAAACAGGAUACAUGAAUGGGCGCAUUCGUCACAGAUUACGGAAAGGGACGGUGGGUGAGUGGGUGGUACAGAUGCUUUGGGGAAAACUGAGUGUUGGUGGGGGCAUGUUAAUCUGUUGCACAGGACAAGCUAUCACAUCCAGGUUUGAGCUCCUGCAAUAGCUCCUCUGAGCUCCUCCUCAUAACCACAUGUUGCUACGCUGAUUGACUGCAUUAGCGCUGUGCCAGCUGCUACAGCUGUGGCUAUCUCUCUCUUUCUCUCUCUCUCUCUCUCUCUCUCCCCCUUUCUGCCUCCCUGAAUCUUCACUCUUCUCAGUUGUUGUGGCCAUCUCUGAGAGGCAGGGAGCUUGAAUUCAGAGUUGCAGCCACCUGUGACAGCAGACGUAUCUCUACGCCACUCAAACAGACAUCAUUACCCAAAAGAGUGGAGCGACAAUUCUUAUUGUGGCUUUAUGUGAUUCAUGCAAAUAUAUAGGGAGAUCUGUAGCAGAUGCCAACGUGAGGGCACAUCACAUUGAACUUUCAUUAUGCCGGGUCUGAUCAACAAGAGCAAGAGGAGCGCUCUGCCUCUCAGUGUCUCUGACAUCACUUCCUGUGUCAGAGGUUACACCCUGGCAAUGACAGCCUCCCUGACUUACGAAAACAUUGAGGAUCACCCAAUUGAGGGAGUCUUUAUAUACCCACUUGAAGAGUGCUGCGUGGUGGUUGGGUUCGAAGCAAUGAUUGGCAGCCAGAUAAUAACCGUGCAGGUCAAAGACAAAACAAAAAUCGAUGACUGUUACUUUGAUUGCUGUCACGCCGAUGAAUUUCCGCAGAGUGGAGGUGGUCAUAUAGUUUUGGAUGAGGAUCAGGAGAGGACGGUACUGGUGGUCAAUCUGGGGGUUGUUCCACCUUUGGAGACCAUAAAUAUACAGGUCAGCACCUCGUCUGAACUGUGUACACUUCCUAAUGGUGGGAUUCUGGUAACAUCACCGCCCGCAUGUUCCCCACGGGUCCAACGGUCCGUCAAAGAAGAUCCAACAUUUUCCCCCAGCACUGCAAGAAGGAGGGAUAAACAUCAUUGUGCAGUUGGAAAUCAUGAACAGACGACCUCGGGUGUGUUCCUGUCUGCUCUGUUGCAAGAGGAGACCAUCAACUCCAUCGACUAUGCGUUUAACUUCCAGCUGGAGAUCAGAGGACCGUAUCUACUGGCAGGUGUGGAGAGUCCCUCCCAUGCCAUCCGGGCUGAUGCCGACCCAUCGGCUCGCUCAGCAACCAGCAUCAUGGUCACGCUAGCGGACAAAUACACUUACGACUGCCCCGUGGAGAUACUGAUCUACCCUAGUGAACCUCAUCUACCACACGUUCUCAUCGAGGAUGGAGACAUGACACCGGAGGAAUACGACGAACAUCUGAAAGGAAGGAGCGACUACAUCAAAGCCACGAAGAAGGACUGCAGUAAUGAGAAAAUAGUAGACAUAAUUCGGAAAAGACUCCAUAAGGACAUACUUCACAACCCUGUGGUUAUGCUAAACUUCUGCCCGGACCUUCGCUCUACGACCUCCGACCUGCGGAGCAUCCAGGGGGAGUUCAUCUUUCUCAUUGAUCGCAGUGGCAGCAUGAGCGGGGUCAACAUCAAGCGGGUGAAGGAUGCAAUGGUCGUGAUUUUGAAAAGUCUUUUCCCAGCAUGCUUAUUCAAUAUAGUAGGCUUUGGGUCCAAGUUCAAAACUCUGUUUGCCACCAGUCAAAGCUACGAUGAGGUGACUUUAGCUUUGGCUUGCGAGUAUGUGAAGAAGAUUCGGGCUGACAUGGGCGGCACAAACCUACUGGCUCCACUCAACUGGAUCCUUCGGCAGCCCAUGCAGAAGGGUCAUCCUCGCCUGCUGUUCCUGCUGACGGAUGGUGCCGUCGGUAACACGGGAAAGGUCAUCGAGUUGCUUCGUAGCCAUGCACGAUUCACCAGGUGUUACACAUUUGGUAUCGGGCAGAGCGCCUGCAGAAGGCUGGUGUUAGGACUGUCCACUGUUUCCAGAGGAACCGCUGAGUUCCUGGCAGAAGGGGAAAGACUGCAGCCCAAGAUGAUUAAGUCUUUGAAGAAGUCUAUGACAUCAGUAUUGACUGACAUCUCUAUUGAGUGGCUGUAUCCAGAGACAAAGGAGAUCUUGCUUUCUCCAGUGGGAGCGACCUGUCUGUUCCCUGGUGACCGGUUGAUCGGAUACAGCGUGGUCUGUGAUACUUCCAGACAUCACUCCAACCCUAAAUCAGACAAGCGAAGGCGAUACAGCAUGAUGCGCUCCAACGAGUCGGCCAGUUCUGUCUUCUACCAUUCUCAGGAGGAUGACGGCGGGAAGGUUUCAUCUGAUAAAGACAAUCAGGUCGCCUCACUGUUUGAUGCUUGCCAGGAUAUCAUGUCUGAGAGCAGCCCUGUCACCACCGAGCAAGAUGCUGUGGGAAGUGACACGGCCACCUCACCGAGAAGACGUGCGUACAGCACCAAUCAGAUUAUAGAUUACAACCCUACAAAGAAGGUCUUUACUCCAAGUGACCCCAGCUCGGUGGUUGGGAAGAAUCCUCUUAGAAGAGCAAAGGUUCAGGAGCUCACUGGUCAGGCCGAUCACGGGUCUCAGUGGAAAAUAGACUACCAGCCUCAGUUGGCCAGCCUUUGUGCGACGUCUUCAAGAGCCCGACCUAUGCCUGGUCACAAACCUCCACAGCAAGAGGGGCUCCCGGGAGAAUCAAAGGUAGAUCAGACCCCACCCGGCCCCUCAGCACAGGGUCCUGCUGUGGAGAAUGGCUCCAGAUCUUCGACAGACAGUCCAUCUCUAGGCAGCACUGGUGAUGCAGAUGGUUACACGCAUCAGCUUUGCGAAGUCGAAACGCCCCAAGAUCCUCAUGCUCCAGAAUUUCGGGCUGCUCGAGGGAAGGGAGAUUGCAAAGCGGUUGUAUCGGGACUGCUGUGUGGAAAACCUGUGAGAUGGGAGGUGUCCUUUGACAUUCAGCCUUACCUCAAAGGCCGAGAACGAGAGGAGAAGGUUCACGAAGAACUGUGGAACGAAACCUUUCAUCAUCUGGCAGCGCGUUCGAUUAUUCAAGACUUUGAACACAUGGCAGAUAAAGAAUGCGAGAUUGAGCAUGGUUCUGGGAGGAGGUACCAGCUUUAUGCCAUCCACACUAGCAAAGCCUGCAACAUCUUGAGCAAAUACACAGCGUUUGUACCCAUCGAACUGGACAGCAAUGAAUAUUUACCCACUGGUGUUGAGUACAGCCGUCCUGGGGAGGAUCAUAAACGCAGUUCGCACUGCAGUUCUCGCUGUGGCAGCAGGAAGUACCUCGGUUACUCUGUGGGUCUGGGUCGAUCACAGUCCGGCGGUUUACCCGAGCAAAAUGAUGUAGCAUUACCCAGCAGUUUGGAGGACGGAUCUCAUUCCUCUCGCAAAACAUCCUCAUCCUCCAGUGGGGACCGAUGUAGCGUCACCGAAGGCUCUCAGCGGACACCAUCGGUGACCUCUGACUCCUCGCAGAGAUCCACUGAGAGUCUUUUCUCAGCCAGCAAGCUGAGUUUGACCCGGGCGCGUCUCCUGUCGAAAGCCGCCAGGGGCUUCAUGAGUCGAUCGCAAAUCAAAACCAGCAACUCGAUGGGAGACAGCGAGAAUGACAACAAUGACUACAUCCCUCUGGUGUCGUUGCAGCUGUCUUGUGGGGCAUUCAUGCUGGAUGACGCCUUGUGUGAAGCCAUCAACGUGCCCAUGGACAAGCUCAAGUGGACGUCUCCAUUCACCAGCCACAGAAUCAGCCUUACCCACCCCUCUCACUCCGGCUCACGACGAUCCGAGAGCCUGGAGGUCCACCACGGCUCCUCUCCUCCACCAAAAGACUCGGACUUGAUUUCCGAAUACGAGGAGCCUCUAUCUUGCACGUCUUCAUCCUCCUUCCAGUCCCCGCUGAUGGGCGGUUUCUCUUCGAUGUCAACCAUGGCCUCGACGUCGCCUAUCAACUAUUUGUACGACAGUGGACGAGGGUCUGAGUCUGAAACUCUGGUGGCGCCCCUGCCAGGUUCCCCGGGGAGCCUGCAAAAGAGCAUGGUUGACACAGAAGGGAUGGUGUGGGCCACUGCUGUAGCUCUGGCCUGGCUGGAGCACAGCUCGGCGAGUUACUUCAUCGAGUGGGAGCUGAUCGCCGCUAAGGCCAGCAUGUGGUUGAAUGAACAGAUCGUCCCCGAGGGCCGAGACCUGGCGUCUGUUAAAGCGUCAGCCAAUCAGUUGUUCAUUAUUCUCAGACACUGGGACGAGAACCUGCAACUCAACAUGCUGUGUUACAACCCAAACAGCAUGUGAGCUCAGGGUAGGGACUCGACUUUAAACUAUGCUAAAAGAGUUUUAUUUUUAUUUACUUACGUUUAUCUCGUUUUAGUUUUUAUGAAUAGAGAAUGUACCAGUAUUUCAUGUCAUCUACCCUACAGCGAGAAGUAUGCAAAUGCAGAAACAAACGCUUUGCCAGCACAUUGCAAGCAUGCUGUUGAAUAAUCUUUAUAAACAGUACAGUGCAAAAGUCUUAUUCUGUGUACACACCAAACGCGAAGCAUCGCGUUCCUUGCUCUAGAUUACUCGCGGGAUUUACCUUCGUGUCAUGCAAUUUUUUUCAUGCAAAUAUUUUCAACUUGCGCAAAGACACGUUUGAAGUGUACAGCACGAUUUUGUGACAAUUGUGCCACCUGAAUUGCAACAACUCGAGGUCACAUCUAUUCGCGUCUCUUCGUGUCUUUUCAUGUCUGUUUGUGCUUUUGCAUUGACUUUAUAUGUGCAAAUCGUUGAAUUCGCGUUUGGUUUGUAUGCCCCAUUAGGCCACCAUUACAGUCGAUUUUGCAAUGCUAUAAUGACCAUAUAUAAUUAUUAGUCUCUUUAUUAGAAUAAAACUGGAAAAUUAAGGAAAUUUGUAUGUAGUUUUACAAAACGAUUACAAAAAAAUUCUAAGCUAAAAUGUUGAGUCUCCUUAAAAGAGUUCAAGAAGUGUUUAAUGCCAAGAAAGGUCAACACUAAAUACUGACCUUAACCGGAAGAAGCCAUUUUGUUUUAAAAUGUGUUUUUUCGUAUUUACUGUAUGUGUACAUAAUCUGUAUUUUCUGUUUAUAUCUUAAUAAAGAGAGCAAAAAAUAAAUAUGGAUGCUCAUUUAAACUUUGCCGAAACAACAUGGUGGUGGCCUAAGACUUUCGCACAUGUUCUUGCAUUAGUGGCGGUAACAUGCCUCAGUCUUCAAUGUUGGCGUUCGAGUAACAUGUAAAUGCCUGUGCCAUGAAUUAUCGCUGUUAUGUUCAAAUAAAAUGUACACAAAUAGUAUAAAUAGGUGCUACAGCGCCUCUUGUGGCAAUGCUGAGACUGCAACGCAUAUUUGUAUUUAAACACAUUUUAAGAACGCAACUAUGUGUGAAAUUAAACUUGCGUCGCCAGAAGCAUUUAUGUGUUCAAAUUUUGACCCAGAACAACAUAAAAAAUUGCAUGUCUUUGCAAUUUGAAUCUCUUAAAUGCAAUGAUUGUUCAUAUUUCUAAUCCGUCUCUAAAUAUGUUUUGUGCAUAUCUUUUAAGAAACUGUCUUGUUGCUGCUUUAAAAGGUUUUGUACCAAAAAAAGACAUGAAUUGUACGAAGUAAAGCCUUAUAGUAAGUAUUGUGUUUUUAGCUGAAGAUGUGGUUUACUGCUUUACAGUAUGUGGCAUUUGGCACCUCAGGCUUUUUGUAGCCAUCAAAAAUUGCAGUUACUUGCUGCGUUUCCAUUAUCCUUCAAAUUGCGCAAAUUGACAUUACGAAUUGAAAAUACGGCAACACGUCAAUUCUGCAAAAACUUCCAUACUUUGCAAAAACGUUUUCACGCUCGCACGAGUUGCUUUUUCAGGCAAUCCAGAAAAGGUGUAUUUCGCUAAAAUGGAAAAUUGCAAUUUCCCGUCACCUGAUGUAUGUAAUUCACAUAAUCAUUAUUUGAAGAUGACACAGUACUGUAUGUACCAAAACCUCCAAAAAACACAUCAUACGUGUCUGCUCCCAAGUAUAUAAAAGGUUUUCUGUGGCAUUAAAGGACUUUGUGAUAUUAUGCACUGCCCGAAAAU